AGAGCGGAACUUUUUCAACUGCUACACACACACGUAGAUGCCGUAAGCAGUAACAAGAAACAAUAAUAUCAUACGCUCUCACACACACGCAACCCAAAUCCACCUCUCUGUCUUUUCUCCUGCAAAUUUUCAUCAUCUUCGAGAAACCAACCAACCCUCAAUAAGUUUCAAUUUCCCCAAAAAUAAAAAUAAAAUAAAGCUCCAGUCUUUCUCCUCAGCUCAAGAAACCCAGAAGCAUAAUCAGGGUUGGGUCUCGGCGGCCAUGUCGGCUUGAGAUGACCGGCCAUGGCUUCCAAAGUCGUGAACUCGUGAUGGGGGCCAUGGCUUCUAUGUUAUAGUUAAAAGGUGAAUAAAGUUCUUUCCCCUUUUGCGCGUGUCCCGUCCUCUUCUCCAGUCCACGACAUACACACGCAGACUUAAGAGCUCUUGUUCUCUAUUUGAAAGACUCGGUAUAUUACAUCAGAAAAAUGGAGGUCAAGCUAUGGAAUGACAAGCGUGAAAGAGAAAUGUAUGAGAAUUUCUCUGAGUUAUACGCCAUUAUAAAGGCCACUGAGAAGCUUGAAAGGGCAUACAUUCGCGAUGUGAUCACUUCAUCGGUGUAUGAGAUUGAAUGCCAAAAACUCAUUGCACAUUUUAAGACUUUGUCAUCCACUCUUAAAGACACCAUCCCAAGCAUUGAGCGCUUUGCCGAUACAUAUAAGAUGGACUGCCCAGCAGCUAUAAACCGCCUUGUGACCUCAGGAGUUCCUGCCACAGUGGAGCACAGAGCUGCUGCAGCUUCUUCCAUGACUUCCUCAGCUGCUGCUGUGGCAGAGUGCACACAGAAUUUCAUUACGGCAAUGGACUCAUUGAAGUUGAAUAUGAUUGCAGUUGAUCAGGUGCACCCCCUGCUCUCGGACCUCGCAACAUCUCUCAAUAAGUUGACCUUUCUGCCAUCGGACUUCUUGGGGAAGGUGAAGUUGAAGGAAUGGAUUGCAAGGCUGUCAAAGAUGGGUGCAGCAGAUGAGUUGACAGAGCAACAGGCCAGGCAGCUUCACUUUGAUCUUGAGUCAUCCUAUAACUCGUUCAUGGCAGCUUUACCCAAUGCUGGUAAUUGAUUGGUGAUGGGUAGUUUGUCAAUAUUUGGGUGUGGUGUUCUUUGUGGGUGACUCGAUAUAUAGUGUUUUGUGUGGAUACAGCUACUUGUUAGAACCUCGUUGAUCUUUUUCAAGGGCUCCUAAUUUUCUGCAGCCUAUAUAUUAUGCAUAUGACUCCAAUUCUGAACUAAAUAUUAGUAUUUUGUGCGAUCAAACUAUAUGCUAGAAGUACUUAAAAGAGUUAUAGUUGGUUUCUAGAUUUGUAAUGUUUGAUUUUAAUGAAUGAGGAUGCUCCAUUACAGGGCACUUGAAACU